AUACGUUCUGGAAUCUGCAUCGUCAUCUGAAGCGUAAGCCGGAUGAAGAUAUAUUUCAGCAAAUACUUUCAUUGGAUACUAAGCGAGAGGCGCCAAGAAUUGAGGUCAUUGAUUUAGAUACACCGCAACUUGUGGAGAACUAUGAUCACCAAUUGCCAGAGUUGCCGGUCACAGAAAUAGAGAAAGAACUGGAGCUGCAAGAAAAGGAAUUCCAGGGAUUAGAGUUGCAAGAGCAAGAGGAAAUGUCCGUAGUUGAUCAUAUUCCUGCCGAUAUGGAGGCAGCCGAUGCCGAUGCCGAUGCCGAGGAAGAAGCGGAAGCAGAACGAGUGCGUUCAGAGCAAGAGAAAGAAAUUGACAUUAUAAUUGAUGAAAAAGUGCGUGAGUUGGAGCAACUUGAUUUGGAGCAACAGCUGGAACCACGUCCCUUGUCGGCAAAUGAUAAAAUCAACGAAUGGAUGAAAUCCAGUGAAUUCGAACAGCAACCACAUGAGCCAAGCCCUCCCGCUGUGGAUGGUCAAAACGAUGCUGUGGAUGCUGUUGUCGAGGAAUCUCAACUGGAGAUUACGGAUGAGGAUAAAACAUUAAAUGAACUUCUCGAACAAGUGGCCGAAUUGGAUGAAAUCUAUACAGAUUACAAAAUCCAAAGAGAUACCUAUAGAAAUACCAUACAAAAUGAAUUGGAUAGUUUGGAUAAACGUCCACCACUUCAAGUGGAGGAGAGUUUUGAUGAUGCCGCAACCUAUACAAGUUUGCAAAUUGCUUUUAAGAAUCCUGUUAUUAUACCAAUGGAUGAUAUUAUGCCACCAACGCCACCAAUGUCACAAUGUGCUCCGGAAGAUGCUCAGCACUAUGAUCCUGUUGAGAUUAAUUCCCAAAAGGUCAAUGAGAACUUGUUAAACUCCACUCGUUCCGAGGGAGAGAAGGUGCCUCCUUUGCCUCCGAAAAGAUUGCGUAAGCAGGAUAGCAAUGCCGAGAAUCGUUCCAUUGAGGCAAAUGGCAAUGAUGAGGUCAUUGUCCCGCCACCACGUGAGAAAUCUCGCCUGCCGCCGCCCGUAAUACAUCCUCGGUUGUCGGAACUGACGGCGCCAACAAAGCGUCUGCCACCUGCUCCGAGUGCCACCAAAGAGAAGAAUCCAAAUUUUAAUACUCUACCACGACAGAAGAAACCUGGUUUCUUUUCGAAAAUCUUUAAUCGGAGAAAGAGUAAACCCGAUUUGAGUCAAAACAGUAAAAGUUGUGUACAAUUGGAUGCCCCUGGCACUGAGGCCAGUGUACGCUCUUUUAACUCGCAAGAUCCAUUACGUUCCUCAGUCCGCUCAACCAAGUCUUCAGGAGCUCAAGCCUUGCAGCAAUCCAAUAAAUCUCUCAAUACCAGUCCUGUUAAAAGUGGCAAAAAACCUGGCUCCGUAAAGACAGGCAAACCUGUUGGUCGGAGUGUUAGCAGUGUGUCAGGCAAAAGACCCGGCUAUCUGAAUGCCGAUGUUGUUCACAUACCAUUGAAGGGUGACAGUGCCAACAGUUUGCCGCAUCAUCAACCAAACGAGGCAUAUUCGAAUUCAAGUACGAUUACCUUGGGUGGGAAUCUAGAUAGACGCACUGCAUCGGCUCUCCAGCUCGCUGAUAUACCCAUUAGCGAGGGCGGCAUGGAACUGGUGGCCAUUGCCGAUCGUCAGAGUUUACACAAUUUGGUUAACUCCAUUGAAGCGCAUUUCAAUGUUAAAUUGGAUCCCAAUUUAGAUCUUACCGAAGCGGAACACUUUGCCCUGUACACAAGUGUUCCACCCCAGGCAACGGCCAGUGAAUUUGAUGAGAACUCUGCGUAUUAUGCUCCAGUAGAUGCUGGAGAGAUUUUAACACCCGAUGAGGUGGCCAAGCGUUUAGCGGCGGCCAACAAAAUUAACUAGGCCCUCGCAACGAAAAGGCCAUCGAAUUUGAUUAACUCCCUAUUACUUUUAAAUUUUUGUUACGAGUAAUCCAACGACUGCAUUAGGAAACCAAAUGGAAUUUGUUGUAAUAUUUGGAGUAGAAAAUCUCCAUCCUGGAACCAAAAGAGUCCCAGACCUGGGAGAGUCCUUUUUAGAGUGGAGGCUCUCCUCACAAUCAAUUGUAUUUGUAUUUGAUUUUAGAUCCAAACAUAUUGGUAUUUGGUAAUUUGUAAGCGGUGUAAAUCAAAGUUGUAACCAUCGCAAAAACUUAAAAAAGGAAAAAAAUAAGAAAUUGUUUUUCUAUACAGCAUUUUGCUGAAAUUUGUCAUGAGGUCCAUUAAAAACAUUAAAGGACACUCUCGAAAUUUGUGUACUUAAAAGUGGAAAAGUCUAUGCUGAAUCAAAUAUUUUUUUUUAUUUAAUUGUUGUAUUGGCAAGACUUUUGCGCUAACGUUUGGGUAAUAAAAUACCAAGCAAACUAUUUGAUCGAAACAAAUUUGUUUUUUAUAGAUCCAGCACAUUUGAGGCGAAAACGUCAAAAGACUGGCGGUGAUCCCAUGCACUUAUUACUGCAA